AUGGCAACUCCCAUGCAUUGGCUCAUAGCCAGGAGACAAGCUGUGGGAAAAACCCAUGUAGAAAGAAAGACCAAGAAAAGAAGGUCCAAGAGUGUAACUAGUUCCAGUAGUGAUAGCAAUGACAGGUCAGCUAGUGACUCUUCAUCAGGGAGUGAAGACACAUUGACCGUCUCCUACCAGGACAGUGACUCCAACGAGAGCUCCUCCAGCUCGUCAUCCUCAGCCUCCUCCACAACCUCCUCCUGCUCCUCCUCCUCCUCGGACUCAGACUCAGGCUCCAGCUCUCCCAGCAGCAGCAGCAGCAGCUGGGAAAGCAGCUCUGAGGAUGAGUCCCUAAAGAAGAAGAAGAAAUAG